CGCAACACUUCCCAGUCAGUCAGUUCGAGACGGUUGGUCGGUACGCAGCCUCACCGGGAUCGUCAGAAUAUCCAACCGGGAACUCAAUCGUGCUCGUGAUCGCUAGUGGAUGUGUUUGUUGGUGUGAUUAUAAAAUCAAGUGAAAAGUCGAAGCAAACGCACGUAAUACUAUACUGUCCACUUGUGAAAGGAAAUAUGUGAUAAAAGAAGAAAACAGAGAGGAGAAUGUGAAAUAGGAGUGAAAAAGGCUAGUGCAAUUAUAUUCGCGUGAAAAAGGAGGGGGAAAAACACCAAACCGUGACACAACCGUUACACCGUCCUGUCAUGUAGCGAGCGCGUUAAUUGAAAGUGAAACAAGUUGAAAAACACCCACAAAAAUUUGGCAAAAGAAUUCUGCAGCUCCGAGGGGGGCGAAAAAUCGAAUAUUCAAACCGUGAAGUGAAGAAAAAAGGCUCGAUCUGCUCGGUCAGUGUAACCGGGCCGGGAAACGGGAAAGUGAGAAAGAAUUUAAGAUAUUUUUAGCAAAGCAAGCCAAACAAAAAAGCCGACCAACAAACGGAAGGUAGUACUUCCCGCAACUAACUGGUGAAUUAUUCGCGACCAACAAACUUUUUUUUUUCUUUUUCGCUGCCAACAAACUCAUCAGGCGACGAAGCAGCAGCAGAAAAGUCACGAAACAUCCAUCAAAACAGUCGAUCAUUUCGGUUGAAUCGGAAGGCGUGAUCGUGGCGCGGGGAAGUGAAGUGACGACCAACGAUCUGCUAAAUGCCAACAGGAUACACGCAUAUUAGUAACGAGUUUGGCAUUUUAUACGUGCGCUGUGAAGUUGUGAAGGGAAGUGUGCAACGGAGAGACCGGGAAGAACUCAGCGGUACGAAUGCAUAAGGGCUAAGCCGAAAAUAAACAUUCCGGUUACGACGAUUGCGUUACGCAUCUGACUCACGUGCGUCUGUGUGAGACGGUCAGAAGUUUAGAGGAAUUUCGGGCACGGACUUUGGACUUUGCACGAGGCAAGAAAGUUGGAGUUAUUGGAAUGACGGCCUGCUAAACCUGCCAGAGUAAAGCGAUUGAUCGUGUAAAAGGUUUCCAUUUUCUCAAGCACCGCCCAAGAACCUCACAAUGUCGUUCUGUCGCAUCACGGGCAAAUGUCGGUCGCUACCGAAGCCCAACUACUUCCCGAUGCUGCCGCCCAUCUCACCGGCCGCAGCCAAACGGUUCUGUCGCGUGACGGGCAAAUCGUACGGUCUGCCAUCCCAUCACUUCAUCCCGGUAUCGCUCGUCAAACGUUCGGCCGGUGCCGAUCGCUGCCGGGUAACGAACGUUUCGGCCGAGCUUGAACCCCACCACUACCAGCCCGGUGCGUACGGUCGACGUCGGCACGAGGUGCUGUGCGCGUUCCGCUACGUACUGCCCGUGCUGGACGAUAGUGACGAAGCGCAGCGCAAUCUUACCACCAUACUGCAGCAAAAGACGAAACCACUCGAACAGAGCCUGUACGUCUAUCGCGUGGAUGAGCGUAACUUUGGGCUCGUGUUCCCAGCCCGCUUAGAAGCCGCCGUCCGGGAUGGUGAUGUACGCGAUGUACUGCUGGCGAAAGAAUCCGACAAACUGUUGAUUAAGCUACGCAAAGGCAACAGUGUGAGCGUUCCGCUUCAAAGCUUCGAACACACAGCACACGAACCGGAUGCACUGUACGAAGGUGAAGGUCCACGGGACGAUGUGAUCAAGCGGCGGGAGAAGGAGGACGCCAAACGCCCUAAACCAAAGUCCAAAUCGAACCUGUCGAGCAUUGCCAAUAUCUUCGAGAGUAAGGAACGGGUCGAAGAGGAACAGAUCGAGCAGGAGCAACGGUUCAUCGAGGAGCAUCGGGAGAAGGCGGCACGUCUAGCGUCGGAACGACGCGAACGGCAGCGAGCGGAAAAGUUGCAGGCUUUACGGCUAAAUGAGCACCUGCUCGAGCAGGACCCGGAACUGGGUGAUCUGGUGAAACCGCUCAUCGAAUCCUGGGACUGGAGCACCCUAGAACGGGAAGCGGCUGAUCGGAAUGCGGAAAGUGAAGGUGUUCGUAGUACGGUCAGCGCCCUACCGAAACCACUCAAUGUGCUUCCCGUGGUGAUCAACGCUCGCAAGUUGACGGUGGAUGAAGCUCAGCUGGAGCACUGUUCCGGGUUGGAAGCAGCAUCAUACGUAGGCACAAUCACCCCAGCAAAGGUGGACCUAAAACCGGACAGAAUCGCCGCAAUCAAUGCACUGACACCCGAAAUGCUAAGUCAACUCGCACAGCUGGAAGAUCGCCUUGCAGCGUCAGCUGAGCUGUUGCCCCAUCUCGAUGACUUAGCCUCCGUAAUGUCACACCUGGGCCAGGCACAGCCAACCGAAGUCGAUGGAGUUCCGGGUGUGAAACUGAUCGUCAACCACCAAUCCGUGUUUGUCCCAGGGCAGAUGGUAAUGGUCGGUGGUAAGCCUACCUUCGUACCGGGUCAAUCACUACCCAGUUCGAGCAGCGGUUCCUCGAAUGAGCUCGAAUUUAUCCCCGGUGUCACGAUAACCGGACACGACGGUACGAUCCAGUUUAUCCCCGGUGAAGUAACCACAGUGCGUGCAGGCAGCAAACAACCAUCGGCAACAUUCGUGGCGGGUAAAGUGAUCGAAGGGCAAGGCUUUGUCUGUGGGCAGGUGCUCUCGGUGAACGGUGAACCACGGUUCGUGCAGGGACAAACGAUUGUAACGCCGGAGGGUGUGAGCAAGUUUAUUGCCGGUGUUGUAGACGAACGUACGGGUCAGUUUGUACCGGGUCAACCGAUCGAAACUCCGGACGGGUUGCGCUUUGUCCCGGGGCAAACAAUCACUGUGCAAGGUCGGGAACGAUUCAUCCCCGGCCAGAAUGUGCCGAAUCCGGACGGGAAAGGUGAGCUAGUGUUCGUGCCGGGACAGACGGUGAGCGUUGCUGGUGGUGAGGAUCGUUUCGUGCCUGGUAAAACGAUCGUAACAGCAGAAGGGUCUCGAUUCGUGCCCGGACAGUACGUCGGCGAUUCGUUUGUGCCUGGAAUCGUGGAUGCUGGUGGACGUUUCGUGCCGGGUGUUAACAUCGAAACGAAGGAAGGCUCCAAGUUUGUUGAGGGACAGAUCGUACACACGAAGCAUGGCGAUGUGUUUAUGCCCGGCACUACCACGGUCGGACCGGCCGGUGAAGUGUCUUUCGCGCUGGCUUCAACCAUCGAUGCGGUACGGUUCAGUGAGGCAUCGCCGGUGGGGCUGGUGGUAGAUGGUGAUCGGCUAGCAAUCGAAGAACCGUCACUGUGUGUGUUUGGACAUCUGGUACAGAACGAUACGGGGGUAGAGUUCUACCCCGAGCGUAUUGGACGCGAGCAUCUUCCGGCGGGAAAAGUUGUGCCUGGCAAGUUGGUGAAACAGCUCGCCGAAUCGAAGUUCAUCCCCGGCAUCAAGACGGAAGAUGAUGGCUUCAUCCCGGGGCAGGUGGUGUUGACCGAUAGGGGCGAACAAUUCGUCCCCGGGCAGGUGAUUGAAACGUCCGAGGGUAUGAAGUUCGUGCCGGGGCAGAUUAUCGAAACGAAGAGCGGUCCCAAGUUUGUGCCGGGACAGACGAUGGAAACACCCGACGGGCCAAGGUUUGUACCGGGACAGAUCAUUAAUACGCGUGUCGGUCCAACCUUCAUACCGGGUCAGGUGAUCAGCACCGAUGAUGAUGGGGAGAAGUUUGUCCCAGGUCAAAUCGUCGACACGGACGAUGGACCACGGUUCGUACCGGGACGGGUUGUGGAAUCGGAGAACCGUGUCACCUUCAUCCCGGGUCGGAUCGUACAGACAGCCGAUGGACCGCGGUUUGUUGCGCCGGAUCUGAAAGACAACGAAGACGGCGACGAAGAGUUCUCGGUGCAGAGUUUCACUGUGACGCCCGAGGAGUUGAAGCUGCUGAAACCUAGCCAACCGGCUUACGGUGGAGCUGUUUCGGGCGAGAGCACACUGGUAGUUAGUUUGGACAGUACGAUCUUGCAGAGCUUGGCACAAUCGGGAAUGCCCAUCGGACGACAGGUAGAAGCAUCCGCCGUCGAUUAUGUGCUCGAGAGCACAAAGGAACGUAAAGCCUUACAACAGUUCCUGGCCGAGAAUAGCUUGCCUGGAGCAAAGCUGGACGUGCUGGAGAGCAUUUUUGAUGGAUUGAAGCAGGUCUGCCGGAAGGUGGAUCGCGAAUCCCUUCAGUACAGCGAUGCCAACGCACCAAAGGAUGAGACGGUUUGUAAUGGAUCGAUCGGGGUGGUGGAAGCACUUGCAGCUAGCUUGGCCACAAUUCUGACCAGCGAAUCUCAAGCCAACUCGGAUCCGAACGCCCCUGAGCGGACGAUGUACGAGAUGAUCGCGGAAGCGAUCAAGGCUUCCACGGGAGAGUAUACGGUGGAAGAGCUGCAGCAUGUCAUCCAGUCACCGGAAGCGGUGGAUUACCUGUUCGGUGCCGUUAAUCGAACCAUUGUCAAGAACAACAUCGAUCAAAAGCUAAGGACGCUGACGGCACUCAUGGAGGAGGAACCGAUGGGAGAGGAUGCGGAAGCUGGUGUUGGUUCCCUGCCGACAGGAGCCAUCGAAGAGUUCUGCGAGCUGCUCGAUAAUGGUGGAAUGUCCGAGGCGUUUGUGAAUCUGCUCAAGAAGGACGAGAACUUGUUCCGAUCCAUCGUUACCAGUCUGAAGAGUUCCGGUGUGGUGGAGGACAGUGUGAACAUCUCGGAAAUCCUACAAACAGCACUGGUAGAUAGCAUCCAGGAGCGAGCACAGGCAGCACUUGUGGAGUUGGUAGAAGAUCCUCGAUCACACGACGCCCUGCGCACACUGCUUCGCAAAUCGGAAGGUCUAGCACACGCCCUUGGCCACGCUAAGGAGGCGGAAGCUUUGCAGUACCUCCUCACACAUCCGGCCGCUUUGCGCGAUCUCCACAAGGAGGAUGAGCUGUUCACGAUCAUCAAUCGAGUGUUGAUCAUGGAACAGUUGGCGGAAGAUGAUGACGAGUAUCGGGAGCUGAUGGACAGUCUCGAGCGUACACCGGCCCAUGCCACCAAGAGCGACAAGCUGCGAGAACUCAUCCGACAGAGUGGUGCACUGUCCCAUGCACCCGCCCGACGCCCGGUGAUCGAAUCUUCCCGUGAUGUACCACUAUCGCUGUUCUACACCAACAAUCAGCUAGCGAUCGAAGAGUUCUUCCUCAAGAGUGGACAGUGCCAGCGGCGCCAGUUCCCGAAAGCGUUCCUGAUCAUCAAGCGCGGCAUUCAGGCGGUCAUACCGCGUGAGUCUAGCCACGAAGUGUUGGCUGGGAAGAUCGCUUACACGGUGCUCGACGAGGACGGCAUCCGUCACUUCCAGCCGAUGAAUGUGCUGUCCGCGCUGCGCAUCACACCAAAGUUCCUGCACCGGUUCUCGAUGUACACCUGCGAGAUGCAGGAAGAACCCGACUACGAAACGCUCAGCAGCAGCGGCAGCAGCAGUCACGACGCGUUGGAUAAGGUGGAUGAGGGCGCUUACUACUAUCGGCCACUGUCCAGGAGAGGAUCGCUACGCGUGCCCACAACCAACGCCCACAACGUUAGUGCACACCGGAAGCUCGAACGUCAGGAAUCGUUUAGCCCACGGUUGGUUAGCCGUAAGCUUCCCCCCGUGAAUGGAUAUCACCCGGUGGGUUCGUUACCACCUCUGCAACCACUCUACCAACCGCUACACACCUUCCCCACCGUCAUCACGCACCACCAGCAUCUGCAGCAGCAUGUACCCCCGCGGCAGCACCAACAGCAGCACCAUCAUCAUCACAGCCAGCAUUACCAACCCGCGGCAGACAAUGUUAAGCAGACUCUACCAAUGGCAAUGAGGAUAGCGAUCAAGGCCUCGCUGGCACAAGGCCGCGACCCAUCAUCGACCUGCUAUCGGUCCAGCAGCCGGGACUCGAUCCACCGAUCAUCGUCCCGUGCGAGCGUCCACGACUGGAACUGGAAGUGAUCAACUGGUGUGCGUGUGUGUCGACUGAUCGACUGUGCUGUUUGACAGCUGUCACGAUUCUAUAUCGUUUGAUCUUGUUUACUAUGGUUAGUUAGUUAGUUUGUUAAGUAACCGAUACUGGAAACCCUUCCUGAAGAGCUGAACUGAUCUAGCAGCUCUAAAGGGAACCUGCAAAUUACACCCAACAAUAAAACAACCAUAUCGCUCCACAGAGAAAA